CCCGAGCCAAGAGGCGUCUGUGAGGCUGCAGGCAGAGGCGGCGGCGGCUUCAGCUAAAGAGAAGAAGGGGGGAAAAAAUCUUCAGCUGGACAGGAGGACCCAGAAUCCUGGCCAUAGAACCAGAACUUUUGCAGACAGCGCUGUGACAGGUCCUCUUUUCCCCCCAAAUCCUCACAUAUCAUAGGGUUUUGCCUUUCCCGCCGCAGAAAGGGAAAAUAAGAGUUGCAAAUAACAGCAGGUGCAAAAAGGCGGGUUCUCUUCUUUCCUAGAACCAUGACCAGUGGAAUUGCUUUUCCCCUUUCAGUUUGACGCAGAAGAGACGCUGACUCCAGAUUCGGAACUCAAAUGCUUCCUGAAGCUUGAAAGUGAAGGAAUUCAGAGCCACAAGGGGCAGGCAGAAGGUAAAGCUAGCAUUUAUCCUCUGAGCGCCAAGUCUCCUGCUUACAAGGAGAGUUCUGCCCAGAAAGAGACUUCCUCCCUCCUGCCUGACUUAAACAGGACCCUGAGCCUCGGGAGCCUGCCACAAGACCCCUGCUGCAAAGGGAGGCUCCGAUAGCAGAAGGGAGGGCUUUGCUGCCUAGCUGCAAAAAUGGAUAAUGUCCUUCCUGUGGACUCAGACCUCUUUCCAAACAUCUCCACCAACACCUCGGAACCCAACCAGUUUGUGCAGCCAGCUUGGCAAAUUGUCCUUUGGGCAGCUGCCUACACGGUCAUUGUGGUGACCUCCGUGGUGGGCAAUGUGGUAGUGAUGUGGAUCAUCUUGGCCCACAAGAGAAUGAGGACAGUUACCAACUAUUUCUUGGUGAACCUGGCCUUCGCAGAGGCCUCCAUGGCUGCUUUCAAUACAGUAGUGAAUUUCACCUAUGCUGUCCACAACGAAUGGUACUACGGCCUGUUUUACUGCAAGUUCCACAACUUCUUUCCCAUCGCUGCUGUUUUCGCCAGCAUCUAUUCCAUGACGGCUGUGGCUUUUGAUAGAUACAUGGCUAUCAUCCAUCCCCUCCAGCCCCGGCUCUCAGCCACAGCCACCAAAGUGGUCAUCUGCGUCAUCUGGAUCCUGGCUCUCCUGCUGGCCUUCCCCCAAGGCUACUACUCAACCACUGAGACCAUGCCCAGCAGAGUUGUGUGCAUGAUCGAAUGGCCAGAGCACCCUGACAAGAUUUAUGAGAAAGUGUACCACAUCUGCGUGACUGUGCUCAUCUACUUCCUUCCCCUGCUGGUGAUCGGUUAUGCAUACACUGUAGUGGGGAUCACACUGUGGGCCAGUGAGAUCCCUGGGGACUCCUCUGACCGGUACCAUGAGCAAGUGUCUGCCAAGCGCAAGGUGGUCAAAAUGAUGAUUGUGGUGGUGUGCACCUUUGCCAUCUGCUGGCUGCCCUUCCACAUCUUCUUCCUCCUGCCCUACAUCAACCCAGAUCUCUACCUGAAGAAGUUCAUCCAGCAGGUCUACCUGGCCAUCAUGUGGCUGGCCAUGAGCUCCACCAUGUACAACCCCAUCAUCUAUUGCUGCCUCAAUGACAGGUUCCGUCUGGGUUUCAAGCACGCCUUCAGGUGCUGCCCCUUCAUCAGUGCUGGUGACUACGAGGGACUGGAAAUGAAAUCCACCCGGUACCUCCAGACCCAGGGGAGCGUGUAUAAAGUCAGCCGCCUGGAGACCACCGUCUCCACUGUGGUGGGGGCCCAUGAGGAGGAGACGGAGGAAGGUCCCAAGGCCACACCCUCGUCCCUGGAUCUGACCUCCAACGGCUCUUCUCGAAGCAACUCCAAGACCAUGACGGAGAGCUUCAGCUUCUACUCAAACAUGCUGUCCUAGAGGGCAGAUGCAGCCACCAGCCUUGUCCUGCUUCACUCAUGCAUGGAUAUUCCCUUGAUCUGGAAACCAUCAGAAACACCCAAACAUCAGAGCUUUUGGAAAGAGUCAGAUAGUUCAGGGAAGACAAUUCAUUCUGGAUUCUUCCGUCUUUGCCAUUCCCCAUUUGUGUGAACCAAGGCAAAUCACUGAAUUUCUCUGAGCCUACAAAAUGAAAAGAUUGAACUAGAAUGUCCCUUCCAGUUUAUUCCAUGAUUCUAGAGAAAACUUUGAAUGCAUGUGGGUGCUCAUUUCAGGAUGAAUUCUGCAGCGCAAUAACAAAUCCAACAGAACUGUUUGCCUGGAGUCUCUGUCUUGCUCCAGGAAAGUUGUCCUUAGCCAAGCUCAGAUUAGCCUCCUUCAGCUAGUGUCUCACAUCACUCCAACCUUCACUUCACAGCAUGAACAAAAAAAAGGUGCCACAUAAGCUCUGAAUGAAAGAUCUAACCUCAUCUUCUCAGCACCUACAAAAAGAAGACCUGUGUCUGCCCCUACUGAUAUCUCAAUUAUUUGUUAAUUUAAACAUCACAAGAUCGAAAGCCUCAGUUUCUUCUGCACUGUGUCCCCAGUGACAAUCCUGAGCUUCCAUGGCAGGCAGAAUAUGUCAGCUAAUGCCAGCUAAGGUCUAUACCAUCUAAGGAUCAGGAGACCCCAACCAGACUAAAUCUAUCUGAGCCUCUUUCUUUAUUGACACAGCAAUGGGGCUGAACUAAAUAAUCUAAGUGUUCCUUUGAAUCUUAAUGUGCCAUAGUUCAAUGAUUGUAUAAGUGCUUUGUUUAUUUCACCAAAAAAAAAAUAAUAAUAAUGGUAGUCUCUAAAAGAGUAGGCAUACCAAUAUCCAGCUCCUAGAGAUGCACCACCUGCUAAGAUAUGUAAAUAUCCAUCUCAGACAUUCUCCCGGUAUCCUGAAACCCUGAGUACAUUCCUUCCGGAAGGUUUUGGCCUUUGACAGAGCAAAAGAGUCCAUGCCAAAGCCUAUAUCUCUCCAGAAUGCUUUAGCGGGCUGGAUUCCACAGCUCAGAACAACCAUGAGGACUUAAUGUCUGACCUUUUGGUAUUUGAGGCAGAGGCACUAGGCCAGAUUUGUGACUUUUUGCUAGCACAAGAUGCACACUGAGAUGCCCAUUGAGCAGGGAGGCUGCACCUGCAACUGCAUUUCUAGGAGAGGGCACCUUGCAUUUUCUUCAUUAUCUGAAUCUCCCCUUCCUGCCCCAUAACUUUGCUGGUCUCCUCUCUCUAAGAGAUAGAAUGACCCACCAACCCUAAAGGACAGUCAGUCUGCCAAGAGCCAUGAGCUGAAUGCUUCAUGUUCUAAUGCAGCUUUGGGAUCUCCAGCAGGUGAGCAUUUCUGUCUCCCAAAUCUGUGCCCUGUCCAGAUGUGACUGGAAGCAGAAACUUUAUGCAACAUUCAUGAAUGUCCUUGUGGUUUGAAUAAUGGAUGUGCAUUGGCUGCAUCCAUAGUGUUAAAAGGAGAACAAUACCACCCACAGGGUUAUAGCCUCUACCAUCCCUGCUGGCUCUAACUCUAUAAGGGCAUCAGAAUGCCUGGGAGGAGUUGUAUAUUAAUAGUAUGAGUCAGAAAAACCUGAGAACCAUAUUCAUGCAAAGUAUUAAAUAAACUAAGUAAAGCCAGCUUAAUGAAGAUCCACGAAUGGAAGGCAAGAUUUAAGAGCAACAAAAGCCAGUUAGUCAUACAUCCAAUAGAAAACCAUGCCAUGUGUGGAUUUAAAAAAUGGACAUAAUUUUGAGAAGUACCUAAGAAAAAAAAUCAAGAAGCUGGGGUAACCCCAUCUAGAAGAGAGAAAGUUGGAGUUGAAUUCAGCAAUGGUUUGUUGAGCACCUGCUUUGGACUUUGCCUUGAGCUAGAGACACACAGCUCCUUUCACACUUGAGGUGACUUAUCCCAGACUUGCCAUUUCUAGCUCAGCUGUCCUAGUGACUCCAGGCUGCCCAGUAUGGAUGGAGGUAUCUGGGAAGCAGAUUCUUCACAGGAUUUUUUUAAAACCACAUUUACCCAUGGGUAACUGAGUCAAAGGCUGUGGCCUUCAGAGAGCUUUUGCAAUGAGAGUUCCCUGAGAUUAUUGCAAAGGGAACCACCAGUCCAUUCCGGGGACCUAAAGGGAAGUGAUUGAAUGGUGUCAUCACUGUGAGGGAGUGUGGGAUAGACCUGGGCAGUUUUCAGUAAGGUUAAACAUUUCCUCAGAGUGCCAGCAAGCCUUCCAUCACCCCAUUCUCUAACAUCCAUUUAGCUUUUAAAAAUGUUGUCAGCUCCCAUGUGUGAGGAACGCCAUGAUUUGCACUGUGCAUGGUUCUUGUUCUUAUUAUAGACACAUGUCACCCUGUGUUUAUCUCCAAAUGUUUACCUCCUAAGUGUGUUUGCUUGAUAUACUGUCCAGUAGUAAAAGAGUAGGAGACAUCACGGGGCCAUCUUUGUUACGUUACUUUCAAAAUGUGGAAACCAGUUGCUGUGGAUGUGUUAUUUGUAUUGUGCCAAUCUCCUCCCUGACACUAUUCUUCCUCAGGGAGGAGCUCUGAUGUACAUUAUGUACUCACAGUAAUUGAUGGUGGGGAUGGGGACCUUUGGGGGAGGACCUAGAUAACAAGAGUCUUUAUGUCCCUUAAACCCCACCAGAAUGCUAAGAGAUAGGACUGAGUGGGAUCCUGGGAAAAGGGAUUCAGGAGCUGACCUCAUUAGCCUGAUUUUAGGGGAGAAGUGUGUAAGUGGAGAGGGGUCAUUCCUGAGGUUUCCAUUUUUUCCUGCCUGGGAUCCUGGAAAGAAUCUCUAAACAGAAAUAAAGUACAUUUUUGACCAUC